AUGACUACUGUCUGUUGUCAAGCCCACACCCUCUCGUUUCCAAUGCCUCUCCCCUCUAAGGAGCUCUUCGCCUUCGACGGCCGCCCUUGGUGUGACGCUGGUCGCAAUCAUCUUAAAAAUGGCUACAGAAGAAGAUUCUGUCGACCCUCCAGGGCACCUGACAUUAACACAGAGCAAGGCCAGAACAUCCUGGAAAUCUUACAAGACUGUUUUGAAGAAAAAAGCCUUGCCAAUGAUUUUAGCACAAAUUCUACAAAAUCGAUGGUUUAUUCAACACCCCAAAUAAAGGACAUUUGUAUUCAGUCACCAAGCAAGGAGUGCCAGAAAUCACAAUCAAAUUCAGUUCCAGUUUCUUCAAAGAAAAAAGAAGCCGCUUCUCUGCAGUUUGUUGUAGAACCAAGUGCCAAAGCUGCCAGCAGAUCAGUUCAGGCCUGUGAAAUUCAGAAAAUUCUGGAAAUUGAUGUUGGUUCUAAAAAUAAACCUGACUCCAAAGAAGAGCCAAGUAAAAAACUCAGUGUUCAUCACAGAGAAGCUGAACAAGAAUUUUACUUAUCGGUUGGCUCGCCUUCUGUUCUUUUGGAUGCAAAAACAUCUAUAUCACAAAAUGUUCUUCCACCUAUUGCUCAAGAGAGAGAGGCUUACACCUUUGGAAAUUCAGUAAAUAUGCUGUCUUCAAGUAUGCAGAGUUCUCUUAAAACCAAAAAAAGGUUAAACUUUGAAGAUAAAGUUAUUUUGGGGAAAGUAGAAAUAGAAAAUGAAGUAUCAGAAGAAGAGGAUAAUAUAUCAGAAGGACAGCAAGAAAGGAAACUAUCAGGAACAUCUCAGAAAAGAAUGCAAGAUUCGGAAUAUGAAAUUCGACCACAAGCUAGAAAGAGUUUUUCAACAUUAUUUUUAGAAACAGUAAAAAGAAAAGGUGAAUCCAGUCCCAUUGUUAGGCAUACAGCGGCUGCUCCACUUAAUUCGUCUCCUUCAAGUAAUAUGAAGUCCAUAGAGGAUGAAUUUGUAAUUGAUGAGUCAGAUAGAAGUUUUUCCAGUCGAUCUUGGAUUGCCAUACCAAGAAAGACUGGGCAUGUGAAACAACACACUGUAUCCUCUGCUGAGAGCACUGCACUCCUUCAAGAUAAAAAGUCACAAGAAAAACAUCACCAUGCAUCACCUAAGACUUUGGCAAGUGACACACAUUCCCGUAAACCUCACCCAGUAGAGAAAUCUCAGCCCUCUGAUAAAAACAAACUGAGUACAAGUUGUGCUUUGACAGAUGAAGUGGAAGAUGACUGUAGAGCUACAAAAUACAAAAUGUAUUCUGAUAAUGCAGCAAAAUUGUCUGGAAGCAAAAGGACUGUGAAACAAAACCAGAGAAGAAAAUUUAAGACCAACGUAGUUGAAAAACAGCUUUCUGUGGGACAGUCUAAAGGUGAAAAUACAAAUAUGUCACAUAUUACUCAAGAUACAUUUCAAAGAAAUUUAGACAGAAAUAUGGAAGAGGGUAAAGAGUUGAGAAAUGAUACUAUUGCCAACAAACAGAUGCCCUCUGUGGGAAGCAAGAAAGGUAGCACCAGAAAAGGUAAGGAAGAACUUAAGAAGAAGUGUUUUUCCAGUGAGUCCAAGAAAAACAAAUUUGUACCUGAAGAAGUGACUUCGACUAUCACAAGAAGUCGAAGAAUUUCUAGGCGUCCAUCUAAUUGGUGGGUGGUAAAAUCAGAGGAGAGUCAUGUUUAUAACGGUUCUUCUCAAAUAAGAAAUGAGUCAUCAGUGCAUCUCAACAGUAGGCAAAAACCUGCUAAGAAAACAAAUCAGUCAUCUAAGAUUAUUGGGCAAAAAAAGAUUCCAGUUAAAAGACAGAAAGCAGCAACUCAAGGCAGCUCAAGAUUACAAAAGUUUUCCAGUGCUAAAGGUUCUGAAGAUGCUAUUGGCCAAGGCAAAAUCUCCAGUUGUUCUCAGAAUGAGCCAUUGCAAAGUGACAAGGCAGAUCUGACUAAGAAGAAAAAUCUUGACUGUUCUAGAUCCACAGGAAGUUCAGAACAUCAAGAUGGUACUAUGACUGCACAAAAUGUUAAUCCAAAGACUACGACCAGUGGCAGGAUACCAACAGAGUCUAAGUUGUAUUCUGAAGAGUCUAAGACUUCUAUGUUGGAGGAAAGUGGACCCUCCAGGCUCAAUAAUUACAUACUGUCUGGAAAGAACAAUUCCGAUGUGGAGGAUGAGGAAAUCCUGGAAAGUUCAGAUGACUCAAAAAGAUCUAAUGUGAUACCAAAGAACAGAAUGCAUCACAAAUUAGUAUUGCCCUCCAACACACCAAAUGUUCGUAGAACCAAGAGAAUACGUUUGAAACCUUUGGAAUACUGGCGAGGAGAGCGAAUAGAUUAUCAAGAAACACCAUCAGGAGGAUAUGUGAUUGGUGGAAUAUUAUCUCCAGACACGGUAUUACCUAAAAGGAAAGCAAAAGAAAACAUUGAAAAAGUCAAAAAAGGGAAAAAGAUCUGUCUUGACAAUGACGAAAGAAAAACUAGAUUAAUAGUAAAUCUGGAUAUACCUCUUGGAGAUCCUUUGCAACCAUCGAGGGUAAAGGACCCAGAAACAAAAGAGAUUAUUCUUAUGGAUCUUAUAAGACCACGAGAUACAUAUCAAUUUUUUGUUAAGCAUGGUGAGUUGAAAGUAUAUAAAUCGUUGGAUACACCCUUAUUUUCUACUGGGAAAUUGAUAUUAGGACCACAUCAAGAAAAGGGAAAACAGCAUGUUGGUCGAGAUAUAUUAGUUUUUUUUGUUAACUUUGGUGACCUUUUGUGUACCUUACAUGAAACACCAUAUAUAAUAACUACUGGGGAUUUCUUCUAUGUUCCUUCAGGUAAUUAUUACAACAUCAAAAAUCUUCUGAAUGAAGAAAGUGUUCUUCUUUUUACUCAGAUAAAGAGAUGAAAGAUGAAGCAAGUUUAAAUACAUGUGUAUAGGUGUAAAUGUGUAUAACAGUCUAUAGUUGGGACACUUUAUUUUGUAAUUACUUGUGAUCUUUUAAAAUUAAAAUUUUGUUCAAUUUA